AUCAUGUGCGAAUUUGAUGACACAUGAGCAAACAAAACAUCUGUGCAAUAUAUUUGCUUCAUGUACUUGUGCAAGCAAGAAGUCCACAAGAAUUUGCCAGUCUCCUGGUCUGCAGAGAACUCAGAAACAACAUGAGCACAGAAGGAAAAGUAAUAAAAUGCAAAGCAGCUGUGCUAUGGGAGAGAAACAAGCCCUUUUCCAUCGAGGAGGUGGAGGUCGCACCACCUAAGGCCCAUGAAGUUCGUAUUAAGAUGGUGGCCACUGGAAUCUGCCGCUCAGACGACCACGCGGUUAGUGGAAGCAUUGUCUCUCCUCUCCCUAUUAUUCUAGGCCAUGAGGCAGCUGGCAUUGUGGAGAGCAUAGGUGAAGGCGUGACAACUGUAAAACCAGGUGAUAAAGUCAUCCCGCUCUUUACUCCCCAGUGUGGAAAAUGCAGAGUUUGUAAACAUCCAGAGAGCAAUUUCUGCUUGAAAAAUGAUUUGGCCAAGCCACGUGGAACAUUAGUGGAUGGUACCAGAAGGUUUACCUGUAAGGGAAAACCUGUCUACCACUUUGUAGGCACCAGCACCUUCUCCCAGUACACAGUGGUGGAUGAGAUUUCAGUAGCCAAAAUUGAUGCAGCUGCACCGCUGGAGAAAGUCUGCCUCAUUGGCUGCGGAUUUUCCACUGGUUAUGGGUCGGCAGUCAAAGUUGCCAAGGUCACCCCAGGGUCGACCUGUGCUGUGUUUGGUCUGGGAGGAGUUGGCCUCUCUGUUAUUAUGGGCUGUAAAGCAGCUGGGGCAGCCAGGAUCAUCGGGGUGGACAUCAACAAAGACAAGUUUCCAAAGGCCAAAGAGGUUGGUGCCACUGAGUGCAUUAACCCUCAAGACUAUAAGAAGCCCAUCCACGAAGUGAUACAGGAAAUGAGCGACGGAGGUGUGGACUUUUCAUUUGAAGUGAUUGGUCGGCUUGACACCAUGACUGCUGCCCUGUCAUGCUGCCAUGGGUCGUGUGGCACAAGUGUUGUCGUAGGGGUACCCCCAGAUUCACAAAGCCUCUCAGUGAACCCUCUGGAAAUACUGACAGGACGCACCUGGAAAGGAGCAGUCUUUGGUGGCUAUAAGAGUAAGGACUCUGUUCCCAAGCUCGUAGCUGAUUUUAUGGCUAACAAGUUCCAGUUGGAUCCACUAAUAACCAAAGUUUUACCCUUUGAAAAAAUAAAUGAAGGAUUUGACCUGCUUCGCACUGGAAAGAGUAUUCGUACCAUCCUGACAUUUUGAGAUCACACAAAUGCCUUCCCUGGACACAGUCCUCUGAUGCCCGUGCUCUGCAUCAUCUGCAAUACAAGCCACACAGCAUUACUUCUACUUCUUCUUUCUGGGAGAUGCCUCAAUAAACGAGAUGUGAAAGCU